GCGCUCCUCGACAUCUUGCUGCAUUACUUCUCGUUCGAAACGGAACCAAGUUCUCGUCGGGAAAACAUGCAAGAGCAGCAACUGGAGCAGGCGCCAGGCGGGGUCUCGGCCCCAGCAGCAGGCGGAGGAGGUGGUCUCGACGAAAUCGAAUUGUCUAUGGCUGACAAGAUCAGACGUCUGGUUUCCAGCGAUGAGGAAUGGGAAGCGGUUCUCCUGCAGAAGAUGGAGGAAAAGAGGAAUAGGGAACAAGGCAUCGAAACUCCGCAACCGACUGCUACACCAAUGCAACAGGCAGCUGCAAUAGGCGGUGCUCUCGGGAAUCGGGUAACCGGUUUGUUCGGCAAAGCGAAAGGAAUGGUACCCCCUGUGAAUAUUCCGGUCAGCAUGCCGAAUAUCCCGAUACCAGGAUUGAAGAAAGGAGCAGCUGCUGGAGCUGAAGGAGCUGUCGAGGGCGGGGGCGAGUACACUCAGAUGGGCAGCGAGUGAGCACUGCCCGCAAGGCCGAAAAUUCCGACUGGAACAUCAUGGAUGCUCCCGCUAGGAGGCAGGAUGGACAUAAUCGCGCUCAUUCGGUAGUCAAAAUUGGAUCCCCGAAUAAUAUCACUUUGUAGCUGGAGAGUGUUCGAGCUGGGUUGAAGAAAGAAAUGUCAACCAUUGGAAAAUUCGAAUGCUUGAGAUUCGCCGGGAAUGGUCGCCGCAAAAGAGUUUUUCUGACACAUUCCUAGGAAACUUCUUCCCUCGAAGGCAAUAGGAAUUUUUGACUUCCUGACGACCAUCUGAUAGUGUUGUCGCCGAGUCGUUCGAAGUUUAGAUGACCGAAGCAGAUGAAUGCUUCUACGCCGCUACAGAUGAAGCACUAUUCCGAUUAGGUUUUCUUUUGGAUGUCGAGAGACGUUUAAGAACCUCUCCCACGUGGGUUUUGGGAUCAGCGCUCUCUCGGAAACAGCAGAAAAUUGCUCAUCGUUAGCGUUACUUUUUGUCACAAUUAGCAAGGUUUCACGGAGUCCCCGCAUUACAUCUGAACGACUAUGUGCAUAAUAUGAGAAAUAUUAUUGAAGAUUUUUAAUAGCGUAAUAUGGUUGGUUGCAUGUUUGUUGUAUGCUCUGCUGGAGGAGUUGAUGUAAGUGGGUGAGUUGCAUUGCUGUUUCGUGAGCCUUAGGCUGUCAAUAAAGCUGGUGCUAAAGAGUUAUAGU